AUGGGGAUCCUCAGCAUCACGGACCAGCCGCCCCUGGUCCAGGCCAUCUUUAGCCGAGAUGUGGAGGAAGUGCGUUCCCUCCUCUCGCAGAAGGAGAACAUCAAUGUGCUGGACCAAGAGAGGCGAACCCCACUUCAUGCUGCUGCCUAUGUAGGCGAUGUCCCCAUCCUCCAGUUGCUACUGAUGUCAGGUGCUAACGUCAAUGCUAAGGACACACUGUGGCUGACCCCUCUUCAUCGUGCUGCUGCCUCCCGAAAUGAGAAGGUGCUGGGAUUGCUGCUGGCACAUUCAGCAGAUGUGAAUGCCCGGGACAAGCUGUGGCAGACACCACUGCAUGUGGCUGCCGCCAACCGGGCCACCAAGUGUGCUGAGGCUCUGGCACCAUUAUUGAGCAGCCUCAACGUGGCUGACAGGAGCGGGCGCAGUGCCCUGCACCAUGCAGUGCAUAGUGGGCAUCUGGAGACGGUGAACCUGCUCCUCAGUAAGGGAGCCAGCCUGAAUGUCUGUGACAAAAAGGAGCGGCAGCCUCUGCACUGGGCGGCUUUUCUAGGGCAUUUGGAGGUCCUGAAACUGCUGGUGGCACGGGGAGCAGACCUUGGCUGCAAGGACCGCAAGGGCUAUGGGCUGCUCCAUACAGCUGCUGCCAGUGGCCAGAUUGAAGUGGUGAAGUACUUGCUACGGAUGGGGGCUGAGAUUGAUGAGCCCAACGCUUUUGGAAACACAGCUUUGCACAUCGCCUGCUACCUGGGCCAGGAUGCUGUGGCUAUCGAGCUGGUGAACGCAGGAGCCAAUGUCAACCAGCCAAAUGACAAGGGCUUUACACCACUGCAUGUGGCUGCGGUCUCCACCAAUGGCGCGCUCUGCUUGGAGCUGUUGGUCAAUAAUGGGGCUGAUGUCAACUACCAGAGCAAAGAAGGGAAAAGUCCUCUGCACAUGGCUGCCAUCCAUGGCCGUUUCACCCGCUCCCAGAUCCUCAUCCAGAAUGGCAGCGAGAUUGAUUGUGCCGACAAAUUUGGGAACACGCCACUGCACGUGGCCGCUCGCUAUGGACACGAGCUGCUCAUCAGCACCCUCAUGACCAACGGCGCGGAUACCGCCCGGCGUGGCAUCCACGACAUGUUCCCCUUGCACUUAGCUGUUCUCUUUGGAUUCUCUGACUGUUGUCGUAAGCUUCUUUCCUCAGGUCAGCUGUACAGCAUUGUAUCGUCACUCAGCAAUGAGCACGUGCUUUCAGCUGGGUUUGACAUCAAUACACCUGACAACCUUGGCCGUACCUGUCUUCAUGCUGCUGCUUCUGGAGGGAAUGUUGAAUGUCUUAAUUUGCUGUUGAGCAGUGGAGCUGACUUGAGGAGGAGAGACAAAUUUGGAAGGACCCCACUGCACUAUGCAGCCGCCAAUGGCAGCUACCAGUGCGCCGUCACACUGGUGACCGCUGGGGCAGGCGUCAACGAGGCCGACUGUAAAGGUUGCUCUCCCCUCCAUUACGCUGCCGCCUCCGACACCUACAGGAGGGCGGAGCCCCACUCAUCUUCCAGCCACGAUGCUGAAGAGGACGAGCCACUGAAGGAGUCCCGCAGGAAGGAGGCCUUCUUCUGUUUGGAAUUCUUACUGGAUAACGGUGCAGACCCCUCCCUGCGGGACAGGCAGGGCUACACAGCCGUGCACUAUGCAGCCGCCUAUGGCAAUAGACAGAACCUCGAACUGCUCUUAGAAAUGUCCUUUAACUGCCUGGAGGAUGUAGAGAGCACCAUUCCAGUCAGCCCUUUGCACUUAGCUGCCUACAACGGUCACUGUGAAGCCCUGAAGACACUGGCCGAGACGCUGGUGAAUCUGGAUGUAAGGGACCACAAGGGCCGGACCGCGCUCUUCCUGGCCACUGAGCGAGGCUCCACUGAGUGUGUGGAGGUGCUAACGGCCCAUGGCGCCUCUGCCCUCAUCAAGGAGCGCAAGCGCAAGUGGACACCCCUGCACGCUGCUGCUGCCUCUGGCCACACUGAUUCCCUGCACUUGCUGAUCGACAGUGGGGAAAGAGCUGACAUCACGGAUGUCAUGGAUGCCUAUGGACAAACCCCACUGAUGCUGGCCAUCAUGAAUGGCCACGUGGACUGUGUACAUCUGCUGCUAGAGAAAGGAUCCACAGCUGAUGCUGCUGACCUCCGGGGCCGCACUGCCCUCCACCGUGGGGCAGUGACUGGCUGUGAGGACUGCCUGGCUGCCCUGCUGGACCACGAUGCGUUUGUGCUGUGCCGAGACUUCAAGGGCCGCACGCCCAUUCAUCUGGCCUCAGCCUGUGGCCACACUGCAGUACUGCGGACCCUGCUGCAGGCUGCCCUUUCCACAGACCCCCUGGAUACCGGGGUGGAUUACAGCGGAUACUCGCCCAUGCACUGGGCCUCCUACACUGGACAUGAAGAUUGUCUGGAGUUGUUACUUGAACACAGCCCGUUUUCAUACCUGGAAGGAAACCCCUUCACUCCUUUGCACUGUGCAGUAAUUAAUAACCAGGACAGCACCACAGAGAUGCUGCUGGGAGCUCUGGGUGCCAAGAUUGUGAACAGCCGAGAUGCCAAAGGACGGACCCCUCUUCACGCCGCUGCCUUCGCGGACAACGUCUCUGGGCUCCGGAUGCUGCUGCAGCAUCAAGCCGAGGUGAACGCCACUGACCACACUGGCCGCACUGCGCUCAUGACGGCGGCUGAGAAUGGGCAGACCGCUGCUGUGGAAUUUCUGCUGUAUCGAGGGAAGGCAGACCUUACUGUGCUGGAUGAGAACAAGAACACUGCCCUCCACUUGGCCUGUAGCAAGGGCCACGAGAAAUGUGCCCUCAUGAUCCUGGCAGAAACCCAAGACCUUGGCCUUAUCAAUGCUACCAACAGUGCGCUGCAGAUGCCCCUACACAUUGCCGCCCGGAAUGGUCUAGCUUCUGUGGUGCAGGCCCUGCUGAGUCGUGGGGCCACAGUGCUGGCUGUGGACGAAGAAGGUCACACCCCGGCAUUGGCCUGCGCCCCCAACAAAGAUGUGGCAGACUGCCUGGCCUUGAUCCUUUCCACCAUGAAGCCUUUCCCACCCAAGGACGCCGUCAGUCCUUUCAGCUUCAGCCUGCUCAAGAACUGCGGCAUCGCAGCAGCCAAGACGGUGGGUGGCUGCGGUGCCCUGCCCCACGGGGCCUCCUGCCCCUACAGCCAGGAGCGGCAUGGCGCCAUUGGGUUAGAUGGCUGCUACUCCGAGUAGCCCCCUCCCGUGUCCCUCCCCCUGCCGGUGGCUUGAUAUCUUAUUCUAUUUAUUUAGAAAAAGUCUAUACAUUUAGGGCACUUUAAAGGAGAACACGACUGGGUUGGGGGGCGGAGGGGGGAAAAAGCACUGGGGAGCAGCUGCUCACCCCUUUGCCACACUAUCCUGGCCUGGCAGGGGUCUGGGACCAACAGGGAGCACCCCAGGCCCUUGGUACCCCCAGGGCAACCCCUUCUGCCAAGUGUCCCAAAAUGAUCGCUCGAUGCCUGGCUCCCCCUCUCUUUUAUCCCCUCUCUCCGUUCUCCCUUUCUGCUGCCAGCUGCCCCCACUCUUCCCGUUGACUCUCC